AUGCGGCAGAAGGUGCAGCGGAGGCUUCAUGUGCAGCACUUGGCCGCCGAAUCGGCAAAAGCUGCGGUGACGCCGGUGGUACCGGUAACUGCUCCCAGUCCCGUGCCGGCCGUCGAGCCCCAGCUAACACGUAUACCUCUCCACUCGUUGUGUACUGCUCAGGUCACGCACGAGGGCCCGCCGCCUCCGGCCCCAAAAUCCCGGCCUGAACAGCCGUGGCGAACACGCCUCAUUCGAGGGGGUCGUCGGCCCGGGCCCCCAGUUCAGACUCACUCGACUCAGCUGAACGUCGGUAGCGGGGGUAAUCACGUUCUCCAGGAGAUGGAAACUGCAGCGGUGGGUCGAUUUCUCGCACGUGAAAGCAGUAUCGCCUCUGCACCUCCUCAGCCGGAGACUGGUAGCUCCCCGGCUCCUGCUUCUUCGGCACAGCGAUCCCACCCCCGGCUGAUGCCGGAUGAUCUGGCUCGGAAACAAGCAGCCAAGAUCCGGAGACCGGCGGUAGUCACAUCGGGACCGGCUCUCCUGACCCAGCAGCGUCGGGACCAGCUGACUUGA